UCGGCGACCAGAUGUGCUUGUUGUACGGAUAGUGACCGCCUCCGCCCAUGAUUGAAGGAGUGAAGCUUUGUCGGGUUCUUGUGCUUAACUAGCUCUUGCGCUUGUCGUCGUCUCGGUCGCUGGGGUUAGUUCCAGUUCCAGUGCGAAGGAGCAGCAGCACAAAGCAUCGCUACAGUUUUCUACAGCCUGGGUAUAAGCAAGCUGCAGUCUUGUCCCUCACGUUCAAUGCUCUCAACACUGCAUGCACGACUGGGCCUCUCCCAAGCCUUUACCCUCGAUACCCUUGCCCGGUGUCUGACCUGCAAAACACCGCAAGCGACAAGCAAGAACAACCGGCCCCUUGCAUUGCUCGGUCAAUCACUUCUACAGCAUCAAAUCUCACGUCAUAUUCUGCGUAAACACCCGAGACUACCGCAGGCUGUAGUGCGUGCAACGGAAAGAAGUUAUAUUGGCUCGCGAAGUCUUGCACCGCUGAGUCAGGGAUGGGGUGUGGAGGUUGGAUCUCCUACUGAAGCACAGAGUCAAGGAAAACUGAUCUUUGCGCGUCAUACGGAGGAUAAGGAUAUGGCUGGUAUCUAUACGUCGGAUGCCCAUACUGCUGUUGUCCGGGCCAUUAUUGGCGGCAUUGCAUUACACGACGGUGAGGAAGCUGCUCGGGCGUUCAUCCAAAAACAUAUCCUCUCGCGGAGUCUACCCAUUGAGCAGACAUUCAAGCUUACAGAGCCGCAGCGGAGUCUGAGCCUGCUGUGUGAGCGCGAAGGCUUGCCGGCGCCCAUCAACCGAUUGAUUGCAGAGACUGGAAGAAAGACAAAUUCACCUGUGUUUGUGGUAGGUGUGUAUUCCGGGUCAGACAAGCUCGGCGAAGGUCAAGGAGCAAGCUUGAGGGAAGCAGAGUACUUGGCACAAACCGCAGCGCUCAAGGGAUGGAUGAUGUUUGAGGAUCCUCGGCACGCUGGCGACACGAGUGUCUUGAUUGACUCGGGUGACAUUUUCGCAUAGCAUAGACAUUGCCAUAGCCAGCAUAAGUCUGCUUCAUCCUCAACCUUACUGCCCCUGUGGC